AUGCCAUCAAUGAUAGGCAGUUUGGGUUAUGAGUAUUUACUUGAACAGCCUGGUUGCAAUGCCGAAUCCAUUAGCUUCACAGAGAACUUAGGUUGUUCUUCCGGACCGAAAUUAGUACUUGCUUCACCUUCCCUGAAAUGCCUUUACUCUUCCAAAAGGUCGACGUUAUCUUCACUUAGGCAUUACAACUGUUGUUUGCGGUCUUCCUCUUUAGAAGAAGAUAAUUCAUCGUCUUUGAUUUCGUCCGAUGAAGACCAAGAUCUGGAUUUUACAUCGGUGGGAUCAGAUACUACGGUUCCUACAGUACACAAUGACUACAGCCCAUAUUUAUCCGCUCAUCGAUCCACGUAUCGUCACUCAACACAAUUACAGAAAAAGCACAGUUACGUUUCAGUUACAGUAGAAUGUAACGAGGAUCAUCCUUUGGCACAACCGUAUGUUUGUGAAAACCCAAUCACCAUGCAGAUACUAAGAUCAAGUACCCCACCAUACACUGAACAUAGGAACCCUAAGUUAUCUUCAUUGAAGCAAAUUUUGACUGCUAUAGCCGAAGGCAUUGGUAGCAGAAUUAGAGCACGGCAAAUGACUCAACAGCGUUGCAUCGUACACCAAAAUACAAAUACAUCUGAGGCACUACCCCCGAUCCCACUCAGAACGUUCCAGACGAACAUGACGGUGCUGGAAUCUCAUCAUGAUAUCGAUUCUGCCUCUCCUCAUAGCACAACAUCAAGACUGCAGCAUAAAGUUAGAGAACCAAGAGUUAAUUCGAACUUUCUUCGGUUUUACGCACAAGAUUACUCAAUCAAGGAAAAGCAUCUUUUGCCUGUUUCGGAAGACGACAUUGAUGACUAUCAAUACAAACUGGGCCUGGGUGAACCCAUCUCUGAUUCUCGCUUUCAUUCCUAUUGUAAAUUAGGCUUGCUAUCAAGGGAACGCUUGUGGUCCAGUGUCAUUCUUCCACCCCGAUCAGACGAGGCUGAUGAUCACUCGCUCUUUAACAAUGAAUACAAACAGCUUAAAAUUUGUCCUCAUUCCAAGAACUCCAUCUGCAGAACUAGAGGUGGCGUGUUGCCAUGGGUUAAAUUCUGCGACAAAAACAGAAACAAACUACUCGAGCCUGGGCAGCUAUUGCGACAAAAAUCUCUCAGGCCGUAUGGUGUUUUGAACCAGAAUACUCAAUAUGUCGUGAAAGGAUGGAUAAACGAACGAUUUAUUCCGAUUACGUCUUCAGAAUGA